AUGGAUACGCUCACAGCCUCCUCUGUUUCUAACAGGCCCUGGGUACUUCAGUUCUUCCGAAACCUGUUUGGAAGCAGCAGGCAUGUCACAGAAGAGGGGGAGAGACCUAAGGCAGGUGAGAAAGAGAAGGAUGACAUCAAAAGUGAGCUCUUGGACUGUCCCCUGUCGGAUACUGAAGUAGCCGUCCCGGGCCAAGAGCCUGACAUUCCCAAGACUUCCUCCAGUGAGAUCUGCCAGGCGGUGAUGGGUAGCCACACUGAAGAACUCCCCCUGAUGAAGGAAGUAACUCUUGGAGACACUUCUGUUAAGGAUGAGAAUAAGCUCUCUGCUUUAUUUAACUCGACCAGGAUGGACCUGGGAGACACAGACCCCUUUGCUGAAUCUAUGCUAAGUAACAAUGGAAGAGUUUCUGCUGCAGGAGAGAAGAAGCAUGAGACUAGUGAGGGAGGAACACUGGGCAAGCAUGAAAUCACCCCAGCUGUAUGUGCAGAUGAUGGAAUCUCCAUGGCUGCUGGAUCCAUAGCAGAUAUUAAGGACUGUAAUGUUGAAGAUGAAACAGAGCAUCUACUGAAAGAAGAUGUACAAAUAGAACCUCCAAAAUCAGAGCUCUCUCCCUGGAACAGACUCAUCAAUAUGUACAAGCAGCGCCGGAGGCUUCCUGCUUCUAAAGUGUCCAAUGUUCAAGAUAUCCCAACACAACCAGUAAUUGAAGAUGAAGCCACGCUGGAUCUUAUGGUAUAUGGAAUUGCAACACCCAAGGCUCAUGUCACCUUAUCAAGUUCCCCUGAGUCUUCUUGCACUUUGAUGCUGCCUGAAAAUGAGAUCAGGGAAAUGGCUGGUGACUGUGAGAUAGCGCAUGAAGAUACAGGAUCAAAUGGUGGUGGAAGCCCGAAGCACCUUAAGGUGCAGUGUAUGCUCAACAUUAAUAACUUUGAUCAGGCAUUUGGGACUAUUGACCAAACAGCAGACAUAAUCUUUUUCAGUGUUAUAUAUUACAAGCAGCUGCUGUCAAAGUUUAUGUGA